CACAAAGUUGUCUCAAAGCAAAUCUACCAAGCCAUUGUGCUUUGACCCAUAGCGGUCACAAAUACAAACCAAACAAACCGAGUCAUUGUACUCGGUGGCCAUUGCGCCAAAUGACCCGUUGUGGUCACAAAGCAAAUAAACCGAGUCAUUCUGCUCGAUGGCCAUUGCGCCAAAUGAAAAGUGACAAAAGUCAAAUGGUUACCGGGCUGAUAAGUGGUGAUUGUAGUUCACAAGAUCAUGAUAAGGCUUUGACAAGUUAUUCUUCUGAGAAAAUUGAAAAUCAUAGUGUAACUAUUUCUGAAAAUGUUGAAGUUCGUAAGAAAAGAGUGAAUUGUCAGAGGAAAAGGGACAGGGAACCAUCUCACGUUCCUGUUAAAAUAAUUCUAAAGGCACUAAGUAAUACGAAGUCUAGGAAUAGAAUCAAGUCUUUUGUAAGACAACAUCUUCCAGACAGUUCUUUUAUCACUAAUUUAUGUAGAAAUUACAACACCUGGAAAUUCUGGUAUACCAAUGAUCAUUAUUAUAGUAAAUUUGUUUUUUACAUGAACAUACAGAAAAGAAAAUUUACAACAACAGAUAACUAUUCUACAUGUAACUGUAGACAAACACAUAUCCGUGUGGCAGAUUUAAUGAAUUCUGGUGGAAAAAGCUUUCCUCAAACUCAUAAUGAUAAUUCAAAAUUAAAUGGAGGUAUGUCUCCUGAGAAUGCUGUUAGUCAUGAUUUACCAUGGGAUUGUUUAACUGAAAGGCUUCGUCUCAUAGGACUUAUACCACAUGAUGUAGGUGGAUUUGGAGAUUGUUUCUUUAAAUCAGUUUCACACCAACUGUAUAGGACUGCUGACUUGCAUCGUGAAAUUCGUAUGGCUGGAAUUGGCCAUUUACAGAGUUACCCAGAAUUGUAUAUUGAAAGCAUUUCUAAUGAUCACUGGAAUAACUAUAUUCAACAAAUGUCAAAACAAGGCACAUGGUGUGAUAACAUCAUAAUGCAAGCUGUGGCCAAUGCAUACAACUGUGUCAUUCAUAUCACACAGUCUAAUAUAAAUUCACCUGAAAGUACAAUCUUAACUCCUGUUGCUGAUCAGGAUGGACGAAAGACAAUAUUUAUUGGAUAUAUUAACGAGUUGCAUUAUGUUUCAACAUUGACUGACAAAAACAGUAGAUAUAAAAACAAACUCACAUGCAUAAAGAGAAAAUUAUCAGAAACCAAUGAAAACAGACAUGGUAGACUUCUUAAGCACAGAAAUUACAUGAAAAGAGUCAAAUAUACAGAAACAGCUAAUGAAAGGGCAAGCAGACUUGAAGAUAAGAGAGGCACUUAUAGAAAAACAAUGUCUGAAGAAACUGCUGAAAAGCGAAAAGAGAGACUUAAAACUAAGAGAGACACUUAUAGAAAAAGAGUGUCUGAAGAAACUGUUGAAAAGCAAAAAGAGAGACUAAAAAGUUACAAAGACUCUUAUAGAAAAAGAACGUCUGAAGAAAAUGUUGAAAAGCGAAAAGAGAGACUUGCAAAUAGGAGAGCCAGUUAUAAAAGGUCUCAAACAAUUUCUGCAGGACAAAAAGAGAGCUGUGCUGGUCCAGUUCACGAACAAAAACAUGCACAAAAUAACAUGAACGAUUUUCAUAAGUCCAAUCAGUAUUCAGUUUGCCAAUGCACUGUCUGUUUUGAAGCAUGGCCAUUGAAAUCCAGUCCAAGGAAGGUUGAUCACUACCAGUGUCAGAGGUGCAUACGAGAUAAACAACAACCAAAAAAGUUUUCUAAGGAAAAUGACAUGGUGCCAUCAUUAGUACCUUUACAACUGCAGGGGCUAACCCAAGUAGAAGAAAUGCUUAUUGCACGUGCACUUCCUGUUAUGCGAGUUUACAUAAAACCUGGUGGACAAAGGGGCUAUUCAGGCCACUGUAUCAAUUUGCCUCAGGAUAUAGCUGAACUAGCACAUUCUCUGCCUAGAUACCCAAAAGAUCUAUCUGUUAUUGUUGUUAAGAUGAAAGGUAAAGAGAACAGUUUUAAAGAUGUGACAGUGCGAAGGCAAAAUGUAGCUGAUGCACUACAAUGGCUUGUUAAUAAUAACUCACACUACAAGGACAUAACCAUCAAUCAAAAUUCUUUAAAUUCUUUACCAGAACAUGGUGUUCCACAUGGUCUUCUCUCGGUUGAAACAGAGAAUAUAGAUUUGGAUGCCACAUGUGAACCUGACUUAGGUCCUCAAAAUGAAGAUGACAUUGUUUAUAAUGAGGGUACUGAAAUGAGUAGUUUUCUGCCUAUUCCAGAGUGUCAGCAGCAAGAAAUAGAAGCUGUGCGCCAACAAUUGUCUAAUGAUUCUAAUCACUUGCCCUGGCCAACAGUUGGCAGUGAACCAUUAAACGAGUAUGUAACUCCCUAUUUAGCAACAAUGGCUUUCCCAACAUUAUUUCCAGAUGGUAAGGGUGAUCCUACUAACCCAUCAUUACGCCGAGAUAUACCACUCGGAGAAAGAGUAAAGCACCUUUUAAAGUUUGGAGAAAACAAGAAUGACAAAUGGGUAUAUCGCUUUGCUACUCACCCCAGAUUUGGUUACUGGGCAUUGAAUAUGAUACAAAGAAAACGUAUUCUGCAACAGACAGGCAUGUUCCUAAAACAAAACCCAGGAGAAGCUCAUUUGACUGCUGAGGAGCUGCGGCAAAUGGCAACUAGCAAUAACACAAGUAUGUUUAUAUCUAAGAUAUCACGCUAUCUUAGUAACAUUACUGGUUCUAAUGCUUAUUGGCACAAAGCUAAAGAAGAUUUAAAAGCAAUAAUAGCCCAUGCUGGAGCUCCAACAUUCUUUUUCACAUUCUCCUCUGCUGAUAUGCAUUGGCCUGAACUUCAUGCAAUUUUUGGCAACUCAGUCAGUAUUAAUUCAACUGAGAACAAACGGCAGAAUGUCAUUAACAAUCCUCAUAUUACAGACUGGUUCUUUACACAGCGUUUAGAAAGUUUUAUUAAAUACUGGUUAUACAAUUCACUAGAUGCUGAGUGGCACUGGUACAGAUUUGAAUAUCAAGCUAGAGGUAGUAUACAUUGUCAUGGUGUAGCAAAGCUGAAAAAUGAUCCAGGUUUAUGUAAACUCUCAGAAACAGCUCUAAAAGGCUAUUUGGCUGAAAUGUCCACUAAUACAGCUGAGCAAGUCAAUAUACUAGAACUCAAUCAACAGAUAGUGGAUGGGAAAAAGGCUUCUCAGGUAGUUUGUCAGUAUGUAGAUUGGUUAUUGUCUACAUAUAAUCCAGAUCCACCAGAUAAUGGCACAUGGGUGAAGCCCUCUAUUCAUCCUUGUCAAAAGCGUCACAAGGACCUUGUAAGUUUACAAGACUCUGAACAAGAUUAUGUUGAUUUGUUGAAUACUGUACAAAGGCACACUCGCUGUAGUACAAACUAUUGUCUUAGAAAGAAACAAAACGAAACAGAACUGAAAUGUAGAUUUAAGUUUCCAUUUCAACCUUGUGUUAAUACAAAACUAGAGUUUGAGCCCAUUCAUACAAAAGAUCGAAGCACUCAAUACAAAGCAAAGAUCAUAACAAAGAGGAAUGAUAGCAGACUCAAUAAUCACCAACGACUUCAGCUUCAAGGCUGGAGGGCAAACUGUGAUAUUCAAGUAAUCAUUGAUUAUCAUGCAUGUGUUGAAUACCUUGCAAAAUAUGCUUCAAAAGGUGAACCAAAGUCACCUGUAAUGAAACUUGCAUUUAAUUCUAUUGUCCGUAAUUGCAACAACAAUAGCAACCCUACAAAAUUGAUAAAAAAAGUGAUAAUGAAAUCACUUGGCCAACGUGACUUCUCUGCACAAGAGACUAUGCAUCAUCUCAUGUCACUGAAACUUGUCAGCUCAUCAUUUAAUGUGGUACCUAUUAGUCUAAAUGGUUCACGUAGAAUCAAAACUAUAACAAAUGAUGGAGAUACUGUAACCAAUGACUCAUUGCUUGAUACUUACGCUAAAAGGGAAAAAUAUAUUCAAACCAUCCCAGAUAUAAUGGCUCUUAAUUUCAUUCAUUUUGCAACAAAAUACAAACUUGUCAACAACAAACUAACAGUUCAGCCUCAUAACAUGAUUCCCAGAGUUUUUCCAGUAUUUUCUUCCAAUUCAAAAGGUCCAAAUUUUGGACUUUAUUGCAAAUAUCAGUUACUUAAGCACAAACCUUGGCAUACUACACAAGACAAUGCCUGGGAUUGUCAGGAAGGCACUGAUGAAAUAUACAUCACAAAAUGGAAGGAAUUUCUACAAACACCAUAUGCUGAAGAGCAUGUUCCUGACUGGUAUGAAAAACUACAAAGUGUACAGAAUAACACAGAAGAGGAACCAAAUAUAGAGCACUCUUCAGAAGAGCUUCCACAGCGUGAAGAGUGGAUGGAUUUAGCAGAUCUCAUACCUGGGUAUUUUGUUAACCAAGAUAAUAUAACACAACAAACCUCUCAGCCUGAUUAUGACUGGCAAAAUGACAAGAUUAAGUAUGCAAAUCACUUAAUACAGGAAAUGCCAUCCUGGGUAAAAACUAAGAAAGAUACUUUGGAUUCUACCUUUGGUUUGCAACAACAAAAUAUUGAUGUUAAUACAUUCAGUGACAUGCAAAGACAUGCCUACAAUAUGGUGAAAGCACAUUCUGAACAAGCCUGCCCUAAAGAUCCAUUGCUUCUUAUUAUACUUGGAGUUGCCGGUACAGGGAAAAGUUACCUCAUUAAUGCCAUCCGAAACCUGCUCCAACACUCUUGUGCAGUGACUGCCACAACUGGCAAAGCUUCAUUUAACAUAAACGGAUGUACAAUCCAUUCACUAUUAAAAUUGCCUGUUGGCCCAAGACAUAACAAAGAAUUAACAGGACAAGGGCUUGUCACAUUACAAACCAAGCUGAAAGAUAUCAGUUAUAUCCUAAUUGAUGAAUACUCUAUGCUAGGACAAACAUUGUUUGGCUGGAUUGAUAGACGCUGCCGACAAGCAACAGGCAAAAAUGACAAAGUAUUUGGUGGUAAAUCCAUGAUAUUAGUUGGUGACCCAGCUCAAUUGCCUCCAGUGGCAGAUAAGCCAUUAUAUCAUUCGAGACCCUCCAGUUCUACAGGUGAACAAGGCUAUUUAGCUUAUCACAUGUUUGGCAAUGUUGUAAAACUGUCAGUAAACCAGAGGGUUCAAGGCUUAAAUCAACAGCAAGCUCAGUUUAGAGAUUUACUCAUACGCCUUCGCACAGGAGAUUCUAAUGAGCAAGAUUGGAAACUUCUUUUGGCAAGACAGCCUUCCAUAGCAUUGAACGUGAAUGAGUUUCAAGAUGCCACUAGGCUCUAUUUCAGCAAUGAAGAAGUUGCUAAUUAUAACUUUGAAAAGUUAUCAGAACUUCAUCAGCCAAUAGCCUGCAUCACUGCACGUCACUCUAGUGAUAUAGCUAAGAAAGCAAGUUCAGAUGACAUGUCAGGUUUACAACCGACCAUUUUCCUUGCAAAAGGUGCACAUGUAAUGCUUACCAUGAACCUAUGGAUAGAUGUUGGACUUUGUAACGGUGCAACUGGAACGGUUGAAGAUUUCAUUUAUGCAAACAACCAGCAACCACCAGACUUGCCUGUCGCUGUCAUAGUAAAAUUUAAUGAGUAUAGAGGUCCAUCUAUCAGUGAUAGCAUUCCACGAUGUGUGCCUAUAUGCCCAAUAACAAUAACCUCACAGACACUAGAUGGUUUACAUGAGAGACAACAGUUGCCUCUCAAACUUGCUUGGGCAAUCACAAUACACAAGAGCCAAGGGUUAACACUGCCAAAAGCAUGGAUUGACAUUGGUCAGACUGAAACUACUGCAGGCAUUUCAUAUGUAGCUAUAAGCAGAACAAGACAGAGAUCUAAUAUGGCUUCAGAAAAACAAGACAUAACUUGCUUUGUGCAUAAUGUCUCACCAGUAAAAAAAUCUGGACCAACAAACUACUUUAACUGCCACCUUCAGACAGAGAAAGAUCUCAUUGGCAGUGUAUGCUUUGCAACUGAAAAGAAGGAAACUCUUGAUGCAAUGGCCACACAAAGAUCACCGGUUAAAAUUUCAAAUUUUAACAUCAGCAAUAAGUAUGGACGAAGUGAUGUAGUAAUAAACAGGAACACAACCAUCACUUCAACAACAGCUGAUUUUCCUUACAAAGCACAAGAUGAUGUCACAUCAAUUGCAUCCUUGUCAAAAGUAGCACCACAACAGCUAGUGUCAAUAAAAGGAAAGAUAUCACAUCUAAGUGCGACCAAAACUAUAGUCAUCCAAGAUUCUCCUGUCAAAAAACAGGAAGGCUAUAUAGUUGAUCCAUCUGGUUACAUAAAAGUUAUUUUCUGGGGUGAGCAUGUUGACAGCGUCACACCACAGUCCACCUAUUUCUUCAACAACUUGAGAAUGAAAGUAUCUCAGAAUCAAAGAUACUUGAACACACCAAAACAAGAUAAUUUAUACACCAUCAAGGACGCUGAACCCUUCAAACAAACAUUACCUGAAGUCAAUGACAUCUCAACAACAACAGAAACCAUUGGAGAAAUACUAGGAAUAAGCAGUGUCACCAAAUACAACUGUUGUUGUUCAUGUUCAAAAAAAGUUACAAUCAAGGGAAAAAUUGCAGUCUGCGAUAACUGCAAAGUAACACAAAAGGCAACCAGCUGCAGUGUAAAGUGGACACUCAAGAUCCAUAUCCAAAACUCCAAACAACCACUGCAGAAGCUUCAGCUACAGGUUUAUCAAGAAGCAGUGUCAAAGUUGUUUUCAAUUUGUCACUUAAUUGCAAAUGAAACAACAGAGGAGGAAAUCACAGAGGCUGUCUUAAACCUAGACACAGUUAAAGUAUGCUUUGACACGCAAACGCGAAAACUUGUGGACAUUGAAAAAAUUGCCAUUUAACAUGUUUUGUUGCAUUUUCCUUUGUAACAAACCAAUCUCUAGUAACUAUUUAAGUUACUAAUAAUUCAUGCUAUGAGAUACAAACACUAAAACUUUUAGAUAUCACAAAAACUUUUAUAGCACUUCAUUUUUGAAUUUCAUAUUAAACUUUCUUGAAACUAUUCCAUUUACUAUUAUUCACGUUACUGUUAGAAAAAUUAGUCUCGCUCAUUUAGUAUCUAAACUACAUUGUAAAUGAGUAGAUUCUCAUGUUUUAAUUAUUGCAUUUUACCUUGUGACUAAUCGAGUUAGUAUCAUCCAGGGCCCAGUUGUUCAAAAGACGAUUACUGCUAACCCACGAUUAAAGCUUAAUCAAAGAUUUAAUCUCUUUUGUUUAAAAAGAUUUCAAAAGCUAAUUAUAAGCUGCACAUGAAGUCAAAUCCAAAAAUAAAACUAAAGAGCAAGAAUCCUUAAGAAAAUCUCUUUUGGUUAUUAAUUUAACUGGAAUAAAAUUUGACGCUAACCCUGGGUUUGCUUAAUCGCGCUUUGAACAACCCGGCCCUGGUUACUGUUAAGAUAACAAAAAAUAGUUAAACAAUGCUGACACACAAACACGAAAUAUUUAGACAUGGAAAAAAAUCUAAGUUUCAUAGCAUUUUGAACUUCAUCACAGCUUCAUGUUCCAGUUGUUGUUAUAAAAUUUAGUCUAUCUCUUUCAGUUUUUCAAGAUACUAAGUAGAUUGACAUGUUUUUUUACAUUUUCUCUUGCAACUAACCAAUCCCAUGCAACUAUUCAAGUUACUAUUCAUGUUACUAUUAAAAUUUUUUUGUUAAACUAUGGUAUGACAUGCAAACACCAGAACUUUUAAACAUUGCAAAAAGUUUCAUAGCAUUACCAACUUCAUAACUUUCUUGAAACUAUUCAAUUUACUAUUAUUCAUGUUACCGUUACAAAAAUUAGUCUCACUCAUUUAGUAUCUGAACUACAUUGUAAAUGAGUAGAUUGACAUGUUCUAAUUACUGCAUUUUACCUUGUGACUAAUCGAGUUAGUAUCAUCCAGGUUACUGUUAAGUUAAGAAAAAUUGUUAAACAAUGCUAUGACACACAGACACGAAACGUUUAGACAUGGAAAAAUCUAAUUUUCAUAGCAUUUUGAACUUCA